AAAUUGUCGUCUCAUCCCCCUUUACUAUGACGGAAAACACAAAUUACUGACGUUUUCAUUAAUUUAUAACUUAAAAACGUGUCGGUCACCGCAUAAUUCGUGCCUAAUAUAAUUUAGAAAAGGUUUCAAAGCAAACCGCACGAAAAUGGAUUUUCUACAGUCUUCUGCCGGUACGCUCAUUUCACUCUCAUUGCUGCUGCUGCUGAGCACCUGCUCUGGGCUGUACGAGGACCAGAUUAAAAAAUUCGACUGGCGAAGCGUGCAUGUGGGCAGUCUUAAGCACGCUUACGUUGAUCUUAACCAUUUUCAGCCGCGUGUGCUAUUAAGUACGCAUGAGCAAGUGGUUGGAUCAUUAUGUCCAAAGACCGGUGAGAUUAUUUGGCGCCAGGUGUUAGAGCAAAAGCCACGAGGGGACAUAAAACUGCUACAAGUAAGUGGGUUCGCUGACGAUAGCAGUGACACGGCAGCUGCCCCAAUGGGAUCGCAUUUAGGCUUCGACAUGAUGACUGUGCAGGGGCAUGCUCCAGCUCUGGUGCGAGGUUGGAAUACGAACAUUGGCACAAUCGAAUGGGAAUGGUCUAUAAUGCCAUUGAAUACGGAAAGAGCGCAAGAUGCGGUCUGGUUUUACAGCAAUUCUUUACUGUAUCAUGUGGUGCCCGCCUGGCGUAGUCACAUUGAGGUCACCGCAUAUUUUGCAACGUCCGGUCACACAACUGGCAGCACAAGCAAGAUAAUGGCUGCUUGGAUAAAUCCAGAGAGUUGUUUGCUCAGUGGCACCUUUUAUAUUUGCUUGGAUGGAAAGCAGCUCAUUAGCUUGGACUUAGUGGCUAAGAGCACUCAGGUGAUUGCCACAUCAUUAGGAGCUGAACCAAGCAGCAAUAUCCAGGAUUUGCCGGGCUUAAAUGGCGGACUGAUUGUCGAUAAAAAACUAAUUAGCGUUAACAAGGAUCAGGCUAUAUGUUCAGAUCUUACAAGCGAUAGUUAUAUCGUCGGUAGCUUUAAUAACCGCAAAGUUAUUGCCUAUGCUGAUUUGAUCAACAGCAUACUUAAUAUUAAUGCUGUUUAUUUGGACGACUGCAGUCCGGUACCUGAACUGCAUCUAAGCGUGGCCUUUGCUGAGCACUAUGGAACUCCCAGUCUUCGAUCCUUUGACUGUAAAUCCAAGCGCAAUAGCGACGGAAAAAAUUGUCUGUUUCUUUUUACCACCACCGCAGAAUCCAUUGUUGCUGUACAACAGGGCCGUGUACGUUGGUCACGUGAGGAAUCUUUGGCGAAUGUAAUUGAUACACAGUUCCUAGACUUACCCUUAGCUGAUACAGAAGGCACGCUUGAAAACGAAAUGAGGGGCAAAGCAGGUGACAUUGCUACUGCUUUUAUGCGUCGGAUUACCACGCAAGCGCUGCAAAUUAAAAGUCUGUUCUUGCAUGUCAUCGGGUUGGGUCCCCCACCAACGGACACGCAACGUGCUGGACUUGUCCGUGAUUCCUUUGGACUUCACAAGAUGCUGGUACUGCUGACACGCACAGGCAAAAUCUUUGGCAUUGACAAUAUUGCCGGCAAACAGCAUUGGAAACUCUAUUUACCCAAUGUGGCGGGCUUUGAAAAUGCCGAACAGAUGCGACUGAUUGUACAGCGAAGCUCCAAACACUUCCCACUUCAGCCUCUGUGUGCUAUUGUAGCUAAAUCUGUGGAUACUGGCAAUGGCGUAUUAUUUCGGUUUAAUCCCAUCACAGGGCACGCUGCCGAGGGCGGGCUCCUCCAACUUAACUAUAAAAUCAAACAGUUAGCGCUUCUAUCCGAAACAGAGGACGAUUAUGUUAAAGGCAUUCUGAUAUUGGAUGGCGCCAACCAAGUACAUGUGGAGCCUAAGCAUGCGACUCCAUUGGCGCAUGGUAUGUAUUUGUACACGGCCGAUUUGAAGACCGCUGAACUCGAAGGUUACUUUGUAAAAUAUGCUGGCGGCGAGUUAUCAUCUUUACCCAUUUGGAAUGUUCGUCUGGGCGGUCACAAUUCAGAACAACAAAUCAUCAGUGUUGCUAGCAAGAAUCCUAUUGAGCACGUCCACUCCCAGGGUCGUGUGCUGGGGGAUCGCUCAGUACUAUAUAAGUACAUUAAUCCUAACUUAGUUGCCUUCGUUACACAGGCUCCAGAUGCCACUCACAAAACUGUGCUCAAUAUGUAUUUAAUUGAUGUUGUGUCCGGAUCCGUCAUCUUCUCCAUGACGCAUCGUAAGGUUCGCGCGCCGCUGCACAUUGUGCACUCAGAGAACUGGUUAGCCUAUUCUUAUUUCAACGAUAAAGUGCGACGCACGGAAAUCACUACUAUUGAACUAUAUGAGGGUAGCGCGCAGGCCAACAACAGCGUGUGGAGUUCCUUGCAGGCACCGUCCAUGCCACUCGUGGAGCGUCAGUCUUAUAUCAUACCCACAAUAGUGGAGGCAAUGCGCGAGACAAUCACUGAACGCGGCAUUACCAACAAGCAUGUGCUAAUUGGCACUGCUAGUGGCGGCAUUGUCGAAAUGUCCUGGCACCUACUGGAUCCACGUCGUCCAAUAUCAUCCACAACACAAGGACGUGAAGAAGGUGCCAUUCCCUAUAUACCGGAGUUGCCUUUGCCCACUGAGAAUUACAUAAAUUAUAACCAAACGGUUGCACGUUUGCGUAAUAUCUACACCGCUCCCAGCGGCUUGGAGAGUACCUGUCUAGUCGUAGCCACUGGCUUAGAUAUAUUCGUGACGCGUGUUGCGCCUUCAAAAACUUUUGAUUUGUUGAAGGAGGAUUUCGACUAUAUAUUAAUUUCAAUAGUACUGGUCGUUCUAACUUCCGGCUCUUUAAUUGUUAGGCACUUAGCGUCACGAAAGCUGCUCAAACAGGCGUGGAAAUAGAAGUGACGCUAUUAAGAAUAUCUAAUUGCUUUAUAUAAUUUGUACUACGACCAAAAAAUAAUAACAAGAAGAAAAGUGGAGUAGACGGAAGAGAAUGAAUUGUAGUAGCUGCAUUUUACCUAAUAAUGCAAUUGAUAACAAUUUUUUCUCUAAGCUUAGGCAAUUAUUUUUAAUUAAAUAUAUAUAGCGAACAAACAAGUAAUUAGCUGUUGAAAAAGUUCUCAUUGCAUUUUUUGUUUCGUUUUGUGUUUACUUUCCAUAGUUCAAAAUAUCAGCAUUGAA